GAGUUCUUCAUUCAACGUUCACGCGUGCUUGUUUUCCACUGCAUGCAGCAGCUCCACGCUUGCGAUCCUGCAAACGGAUAUAUAUAGGAUGAUAACAUUCUACCAACUAUUUGCCUCUGCCUAUGGCAGGACUCGGAGUCCUCAUUCUUCAAUUUUAUCGGCCGUACUCUUUGACCUACCAGACUUCCAACCUUACGUCGACGCAUAACCAAAGACCAAUGCACUCAGCGGAUCCGCAUGGACUGGAGUCCCUGGGGCCAACUACUUCCAACACAGCGCAUCCUGUUCCAUCACGAUCUCAUACUGCAUUUAGUUCAACAGCAAGCACUGUAUGCGGGGAGACAAAAAUGGAUAGGCUUGAUUCGAAGCCACUGGUUAUGCCUCCUCACUGGAAGCUCGAGUUCAUCAACAUGCCUAACUGGUUAGGCAGAUGCCUUCGGUUCUCUUUCAAGCUACUUUGCUUGCUCUCACUGGGACAUCGGGAUCUGGACUCAGUAUGGGAGGUCGCAACAACCGAGGAUGAAAGAUGGUGGUACGAACAAAAGGAUCGAAUGUUAAAUAGGAUCAACAACAUCACUGUUAUUGCAGGAUUACUGUUAACUUCCACUUCUGCUUUCGCCACAACUCUCCCUCCCGUCACUCCAUUAUUCGACUACACACAGACCUUCCCCUACAUUUGUAGUCUUGCUUCAUUCGGUUCCGUCCUGGGUAGCCUGAUCGUUGGAUCAUCAAUAUUAUUCAUGAUGGCCAAAUGUUCGCAACAAUGGUUUCGCGACACCCUGAUGGGCUCACAUUCGAGCAUAUGUCUUACUCUUAUUCUCCUGGCAUAUCCAUUUUUCUCCAUCGCUGCUGCUGCAUGCGUGAUGUUGAUCGGUAUAACUGUCGCCGCUUAUCAGUCCUCUCAUCCAGUCAUCAGGAUUGGAAGCAUAUUCAUCAUCCUUAUUCCAGGGCUCUUAGUUCCUGCCUUCAUUUACACCCAGGUGCCAUGGAGCCGUGCACGAUGCACUGAUUCUGCGCAGACUCCCAUUCAUGAGCAGAUGUCCAGCCACGAGCAGGUAUCCAGUCCCACGCAGACACCCAACAUCGACUAUUCAGAGCCUUCCAGCGCGUGAACGCUGCUCGUUCUCUUCUUCGUGAUAUACAUUUUCUCAGUUUUUUUCGGCGAGUCGCAGGGCUUCGCGCUGGAGUACUGUAGAUGCAUCAGUAUCGUGCUCAUGCUUACUUUAGCUUCGGCCGGCCUACUAGCUUGGUUUGUGUGGUAAAUGUAGGAAUAGCUCAUGAUCAGCCUCACUUGUCCGAAUAUACCUGUACAUAUAGAAUGCAGAAGAAUCCAAUUCAAAUAAUAUUGACCUUGGUCA